AUGGAUAAUCAAACGGCAAGCUUAAAACGACAAGACUUGUGUUGGAUUCACAUGGUUGUUGUGAAUGUGACAGGGGUGAAACCAAGCAAACAUUAUAUGGGUCAGGCAAACAUUUACACAAUGUUUCUGGCACGUGUGCUUUGUGGGAUUUUUAUACUCUUCACAUUAACGGAAACCAUCCAUGGUCAGAAAGAAUGGUCCUACACAAAACCUGCUACGGCUCCCGAAAACUGGAAACAGAAUUACCCCAUGUGCGGUGGGAUUUUUCAGUCGCCAGUUAACAUUGAAGCAAAAGAUGCGAAGUUUGAUCCGCUUUUAAAGCCAAUACGUAUCUAUCAAGAUUUGCAGUACAGUACACUAUUUUCCGUAUUCAACAACGGGCAUUCAUUUGACGUCAGAUUUCCGAAGCUCUAUUGGCGUAUGUCUCUUCGAAACGCAACUCGCGGUGAAUAUUGUCUUGACCACAUGCAACUUCAUUGGGGAUCAAACAGUUCACUUGGUUCGGAGCACACUGUGAACGGGAAACCAUACGCGUUGGAGGCACAGUUGGUCGCGUUCAACUGCGAUGCGUAUGCAUCACUCGAAGAGGCCUCUUCCGCCGCGUAUGGUCUGGCCAUUUUGAGUUUUCUGGGAGAGCUACAAGAGAAGGUGGACAAAGAAGAUACGCUCAUGGGUAGAAUAAUGGGGUUGGAAACAACGCUGUACAAAACGCCGUUGGCCGAUAAUAACAUAGAAAUCACCACAUCCAACCUUUCAAAGAUAAUGGAUCUGUUGAAUAUCCUGACAUACCAAAUGUUUGGCGAUUUGGAAUCGGAAAAAUUGAUGAGUAACAAUUUUCGCCCAGUUCAACCUCUGUCUUCGCCCGACAGUCCCCUGGUCAGGGUGGUUUACGAAUCAGCUGGCACACAUCCGACGGCAAUCAGUCUGUUUUUGGUCUCUCUGUAUACACUGAUUGAGCAACUAUUGUAA